AUGAUUUUUAAAGUCAAAGCUCCAUCAAUGGAUUCUGGUGAGGAUUUUAACGCCGUUGAAAUUGAACGACAAAGUUUGGAUUACAAAGAUUGUUCUAAACGCUUUUACGAAGUAUCUCGAGACUAUUCUAAACAGUAUGCUCACAUAUAUUCUGCAAGGUUAAACACAUUUAGAAAUAUCUUGGGUCCUUUAAUUAAUAAAAAGUGGUCAAAUAAGUACAAGAUUUUAAAACUUUGUGAUUUGCGAGAGAAAGGAGAACCUUGUGUCAUUAUCGGUACACUUUUUAAACUGCAAGAACUGAAACCUAGUAUUUUGAAGGAGCUUUCAGAUCAAUUGGAAAUUAUACCACAGCCAGCUAGGACCCAUUUUGUACAUGAAACUGACACUGUAGUAUUGGAAGAUGAAUUACAAAGAAUCAAGCUGUCAGGCCUCUGCAUUAAUACUGAUGAAAUUGUCACUGGAGUUGUCGUUGCUAUUCUGGGAUCUGAAGAUGAAGAUGGCAUAUUCUCUAUACAGGAUAUAUGCUGGUCUGGCUGUAAUCUACAAAAGCCUCUACCAGAGUCAACCAGUGAUAGAUUUGUAGUUUUGAUGUCUGGAAUUAACUUAGCAUCCAAAACUGCUGAUCAUCUGUUUUCCUUAAAUCUUUUUCUGGAGUGGAUAUCAGGGUUUUGUGGAACAUCUGAAUAUCAAGAAGAAAUUUCAAAAGUUGUAAGAGUGAUUAUAGCAGGUGGUGUUUAUGCCAAACAUUCAAAUGAUAUUAUGCUCAGUGAAGCUGAUGUUAUUGCAGCAUCAGAACAGGUGGAUUCAUUUUGUGCAGCUGUUAGUGCUACUGCUCCUUUAGACUUGAUGCCAGGAUGCAAAGACCCAGUAGGGAUAAUGUUGCCGCAAAAACCAUUCCACUAUUGUCUAUUCCCUAAGGCUGUUGAAUAUAAAUCAUUCAACAGGGUCUCCAAUCCUUACGAAUGUGAUAUUGGUGGCUUGACUUGUUUGGGUUCUUCUGGUGAACCAGUAAAAGAUAUUAUGAGAUAUAGUAAAUUAAAUAAUGAAAUUGAAGUAAUGAAGAAGACACUACAAUGGAGACAUAUGGCCCCAACAUGUCCUGACACAGUGCCAUGUAUACCCUGUCUGGAUACAGAUCCAUUUACUAUGUACAACUGUCCUAAUAUAUAUUAUAGUGGAAAUGCAGGAGAGUUUUCAACUGAACUUUACAAGGGCGAAGGUGGACAAAAAGUUCGUCUGGUAGCCGUUCCCGAUUUUUGUGAGACAAAAACUAUAGCUUUAAUUAAUUUGGCUAAUUUAGAAUGUUUUAGUAUGACAUUUUGUUAA